CAGUUAUGAUUAAACAAAAAGUUCAUUAAAGUAAUAAUACAAACAGCUUACUUAGUAGUGUACUAUUUUAAAACAAUGUAAUUUAAUAAAAUUUGAAUAAAUUGCUCACAACCAUUGGAUUCUUCAUGUGGACAAAUAUUUUACAUAAGAAGAGAGAAAUACUGCACCACUUUGAACAUGAAUUAAUGUGUGUGUGUGGGGGGUGUGCAGUAAAUGGAGGAUGUUGAGGAAACCUGUGCAGUGAGCAGAUUAAUUUAGUAAAGUCUAAUUUUUAAAGUUUUAUUGAUAAAGAUAAAUAAAAAUCUACUGUUCUGCUUUAUGGAAUAGAUGUGUUAGUUCAAGAAAAUUGCCUGAAGGUCAUGGUCUAUGUUCAAAUGACUCAUUCUAAGAUGUAUUCCUUGGUGAAGAGGGGGAGGUACAAUCACUCAUCAAUGCCUUAAAGGGUUGAAGUGUGUAUGUCUUUUGUGUGACUCUUCAAACUUUACCUGCCAAACAGAAGGAGCAUGUUGGGCUUCGGUUAUGUUAACCAAUGGGAAAGAACAGGUGAUCAAGUCCUGUGUUUCUCUCCCAGAGCUAAAUGCUCAAGUCUUCUGUCACAGUUCCAACAAUGUUACCAAAACUGAAUGCUGCUUCACAGAUUUUUGCAACAACAUAACACUGCACCUUCCAACAGCAUCACCAGAUGCCCCCAAACUCGGGCCCAUGGAGCUGAGCGUUGUUAUCACGGUGCCCGUUUGCCUCCUGUCCAUAGCUGCGGUGCUGACCGCGUGGGCACGCCAAGGUCGACAGUGCACGCACAGAAUGAGAAAGAGGCAGAAUGUGGAGGAACCCCUCUCUGAGUGCAAUCUGGUAAAUGCUGGGAAAACCCUAAAAGAUCUGAUUUAUGAUGUGACUGCCUCUGGAUCUGGCUCCGGUCUACCUCUCUUGGUUCAAAGAACAAUUGCCAGGACGAUUGUACUUCAGGAGAUUGUAGGAAAAGGUAGAUUUGGUGAGGUCUGGCAUGGAAGAUGGUGUGGGGAAGAUGUGGCUGUGAAAAUAUUCUCCUCCAGAGAUGAAAGAUCUUGGUUUCGUGAGGCAGAAAUUUAUCAGACGGUAAUGCUGAGACAUGAAAACAUACUUGGUUUCAUUGCUGCUGACAAUAAAGAUAAUGGAACUUGGACUCAACUUUGGCUUGUCUCUGAAUAUCAUGAGCAGGGCUCCUUAUAUGACUAUUUGAAUAGAAACAUAGUGACCGUGGCUGGAAUGAUCAAACUGGCACUCUCAGUAGCCAGUGGGCUGGCCCACCUUCAUAUGGAGAUUGUGGGCACUCAAGGUAAACCUGCUAUUGCUCAUCGAGAUAUAAAAUCAAAGAAUAUCUUAGUGAAAAAAUGUGAAACUUGUGCCAUAGCAGACUUAGGGUUGGCUGUGAAGCAUGAUUCAAUACUGAACACAAUAGAUAUACCUCAGAAUCCUAAAGUGGGGACCAAAAGGUAUAUGGCUCCUGAAAUGCUUGACGAUACAAUGAAUGUGAAUAUCUUUGAGUCCUUUAAACGAGCUGACAUCUAUUCUGUUGGUCUGGUUUACUGGGAAAUAGCACGAAGGUGUUCAGUUGGAGGAAUUGUUGAGGAGUACCAGUUGCCUUAUUAUGACAUGGUGCCUUCAGAUCCCUCAAUAGAGGACAUGAGGAAGGUCGUUUGCGACCAGAAGUUUCGACCAAAUAUCCCAAACCAGUGGCAAAGCUGUGAAGCACUCCGAGUCAUGGGGAGAAUAAUGCGUGAGUGUUGGUAUGCCAAUGGGGCAGCCCGCCUAACUGCCCUUCGUAUUAAGAAGACCAUUUCUCAACUUUGUGUCAAAGAAGACUGCAAAGCCUAAUAACAAUAAUUGUGUUAAAGAGAAAUCUCUCACAGCUUUCUUUCUCAUUUUCCCUCUUUGUGUGAAUGUUUUUGCCUUUUAUUGUUGUAGUUGUUCUACCUCAAAGAUAACGUAGUACAGUAUUUAAGUGUCCAAAGGCAGCAUGACAAAAUAACUCUAAAGUCAAGCAUGGGUAGGAGUUGACUCCAUCCAUUCUCUAUGUUGUCUUUCAUUUUAUUUUGAGAAGCAACACAUUGACUCAUCUUUUUAUUUAAUAAGAAAGAUAUUGCAAAGUGUAAAAUAAGCUAUAUAAAAAGUAAUAAAGGUCACUAAGGUUUUAUUUUACUUGAAUCAAGAGCACAUGAAUGAAUAGGAAUAAUGAAGGAAAACAUAGUCAUUAAAAUGUGAACGAGAGCAUGUUCUAUCCAAACAAAACUUUGGAUCAUACAAUCAAUGGUUUUCUCUAUCAUUCUUAAUUAAGCAGGAUCUUUUCAAAUAUUAAGUAUUGCUCUGAACUUUAGUAUAUGGAACAUGUAAAAAUGUUGCUGCUUGGUUGUAAGGUAGAAGUGAGGUCAGAGCAACCGCUGACUUGGUCUCUUCUUCCCCCUUCUCCUACUCUUCAUAUCCAGUACUACGAUAGCCCCGGACGCAUGCAACAUGCAAGCAACUCAGAUUGUUACUUCUUCUCAUUUACAAAUAAGACACCUGACAUCUUGAGAUAUUGAUCAAUGUCUGAAAGUCACCCAGCUUGUGGUAGAACUGGCAGGAGGUCCAAAUCUUGUGGUAAUCCGUAUUGUAGACGUAGCUAGCGUCCUACUUUCCCUUUAAUUCCAUAUUUCUCCCUAGGCAGAAAUAUCUUUCAUGAUGAUAUUUGUGGUUUAGUCAGAGUGAGUUGUUCUGCAGAAUCAUAAUAGAUCUGAAUGAACUGUUAGGAAAAUAUCCAUUGAUAUUUCCCUCAAAGAAAUUUCAUAGGCACCCUAUUUUUAGUCACCCUGUUUGUUAUGAGUAUUAAUAUUUUCUGAGUAUUUCCAGAGAUGCAUCAGGCAUAAAGAUCCUUUGCAGAAGAUGCCUUUAAGAGCCUUUCAGAGGUCCCCACUGCAUUUCUAUAUACAGAUUUAGAAAACAAAAGAACAGAAGAAAAGGAAGCUAGGAGAUAUUUUGAGAAAAAUUAAGAAAACUCUUAAAUGAAGUGUAACAAUCAGACCCUAUAGAGGGUACCAGUGACUGUAAAUAUCUACUCUCCUACCCGUUCAAAAUGAGUGAGCAGUGCAGAAAAUGACUCAUGAUAAUUUCGCCUUUAUUCUACUUCCUUUGGACACAAAAGUGACGAAUUCUUAAUACUACAUGGGACAUUAAAUAUUUCCUUCAAAUCUAUAAUUCUGCUUUGGCGGAACACUUAUUAUGCUAUCUCUUAUUAUUCUAAAACACUGUUCCCUAAACUCUGUUCCUUAGAACACACUUCUGCUGAGAUAAUUCAAGGCCAAAGUGUUCUUUGGUAGAUUCUUAAGAGUGCUACUGGCACAUUACCAUAUAAUGUGCUUUUAGAAGUGUAGCAGUAAAGAAAUAUUACCUAAUUUCUUUAAACUGGGUUUCCCAAAUUCUUUGACCCUGACCCCUUUUAUUAAGGCCGAGGAAACCUUUUACUAUUCUGCAUUUUGGUGUUCUACAAAGCACAAACUUGGCUCAGUGUUCUAAAGGAUAUACACUUAUGUAUUUUCAUGGAGAGCACAAUUUGUGAUCAUACUUCAUUUCUCUAGGGAAUUGUGUUACUGAACCCAUCUUCACUUGACUUAGAUGAGGUAUCAGAGGCAAAAUACUGACAGCUGUGGUUUGCAUAUACUUUCAUUCAUGCAGCUAUCCAUUCAUUAAAUAAUAUGAAACACCCCAUAUCUUCCUUGCCACAAUAUUGGGUCCAAUAGGGAAGGAAGUCAAAAGAUGAAUAGUUCUGCCCUCAGGGAUUUUAAAGUCUGAUUUGGGAAUGGGAACAGGGAUGUGGGUAUGUGGGGGAAGCAAGCAAAUUAACAAACAGAUUUAAUACUUGGUAUAUACAAAGUAGGAUGUCUUGAGUCAUGUAUGACAGUGAGUUUGAAGAUUACUUUCAACUCACAACACAUUUAGAUAGUGUCUUUUUGGGCUAUUCCAGACAAUCUAAAUCACACAAUCAGUUUUUAAAAAUACCCACGUGAAGGGAUUAUCUUGCUUGUGCUUGUUACCUUGAUUUAUCAUAGAUUGUUUCUACAUAUAUAAGAAUGAAAUUAUUUAUUUACUGUGGUUGUACUAUAGUUUCAAAUAAAUACGAAUAAUAUAUCCUGUUUAAUUCACAUGUUGGGUAAAUAUACUUAGUUUUUAAGAGAGCAUAUUUUAAUAUCUCCUUUUUCCUUGAUGUUUUAUAAUCUAUGUGAGCGUGUCAAAAUAUAAUUUCAUGUUUUUAUUAGUUCAACUUUCAUCCUAGAGAAAUCUGUACAUUUUGAGAUAUUUUUCUUGUUUUUGCAUUGGAUAACUGUAACUCCCAAUUAAAUAGUCUUGUAUUUCAGUUACCAAGUAUAUUUCUUAAGAAAGGGGUUUGGUUAACAAAAAUAUGUCAAAAGUUAACUUAUAGUUAAAAGUUAGGAAAAGUUUAAAGUUCGACUUUUCCUUAAUUCUCAACUUGAUUAUAAAUAGAAAAUGCUCACUUACAAAAAUAGGAUAAAGUUUAGAGCAUAAGACAUACUGUAUGUGCCCAUGCUGUUAACUUCAUAUUACUUGUUUUUGAUGGAGUCUCCUUGUGUAGUAUUUCUUUUGAAUUGUUAUAAGCAAAAAAUACUAAUUUUAGGCUCAAAGCAUCCGUUCUUUGCUCCUUUCAAAUUUUGGCUUUGGGUAAAACAUAAAGCUUGGGAAAAUGCUAUUGAUGAAAUUUCAGUACUCUAUAAAGUAGUGGACAGAUUUAUAUGCAGCAUUGCUUCCUAAAAUAAGGGAAGCAUUAUUUAUUGUCAGCAUUUCAGCAUGAACUUUUUGCCUUAUAAGCUAUGCAUUUAAGUGUGUAAUUGGUACAAAUUCUGUAUGAGCUUUCUUCUGUGUCUAAAAUAUUUGGCAUGUCACAUCUAGAAUUCUUAAUUUAUGUUCUGACUUGAAAGUUAAGUGAAACAUGACUGUGUCGUGCACUAUUUUUGGCGUAGCACUUGCUUUUCAUCUUUAUGGUUUCAGUUAACUUUGCAUUUUAAAUUUCCGUGAUUGUGUGAAAAUAGUAACCCGAUGGCAGUGUCUGAAGACUUCAAAAUCAACUUUUGUUGUAAAAUGAAAACCUACAAUAGGUACAUUUGGUGAGAAAUUCUCUCACUUAUCAUUGUUAAUACUUCUGCUUUAGUAGAAUUAUUCAACAAAACCAAUCCACUUUUACUAUGCUAGAAUUUUGCCACCAUGUGACUUACUGAGGCAGAGAAAACUCAGGACUGUCUUAGAUUUUCUGCAAAAGUACCAGGGAAUCUAUUUAACAAAUCAUCUGAAAAUAGGGAGCCCACAUUUGCCAUUAUACAGAGUUCUACUUAAAAUGGCUUAUCAUGUAUUGAUUAAUUAUUUUAAAUAAAUAUGGAAAUGUAUUUUGAUGAAAUAAACUUAUUUAAAGUGUGGAAUCAGGAAAUUAAGAAGGUAACAGUAGCAAAUGAGUAAAGCUGAUGACAGUUGAUGUUUUUAAUACAUUCUUUUAAAUAAAUUUACAAAUACAAUAUUAUAAGUUAUUUAGAAAUGUUUAAGAAUCAGUGUCUUAAAACGGUGUCAUUAUGGUUUUCGGAGAUAUUGUAAAACGUCUUUUCUUUUGUGAGAUAUACUACUUCUGUAUUUAAUGGUGCUUUGUAUUAGCACCCUCCGUAAGCUAAUAUCUACAUGGACUUUUUGCACUAUUUCGUGAAGACAGUAAUCUUUCUGCUCCUGAGGGCUUCUUCUAAACAGGAAGAAAUGUCAGUUGGAAUAGAAAAAUUUCAUAAAAAUGUUAAAUUAAGUAGAACUUCUAUAAUAUAGGUGGUUUUUCAAAGUGUUUUAAUGAAAACUUUCAUAUAUUUGACUUUCUUCCCUCUAGCUUCUCCUUUGUUUCAUUAUUUUUCUCACCUCCUUUUAAACUGUUCCUUCGCUGUCUUCCAAAAUUAUCGUUAGCCCCUAAUUUUAAAAAAUAGCUAUUUUUAUUAUUUAACUAACAUGUAUUAUUUAACAUAAUCAUACUAGUAUUUAACCUUCUAAUGAAAGACAGUCCCUUGUGGGCUAAAGUAUUUUAGCUGUGUCACAAAAACAAAAUCCGAAAUUUGGAAUUGUAAAGGAUAUAAGAGGUUUUAUAAUUCAAUUGCCAUAUUUAUAGACAAAGAAACCAAGGAUCAGAGAUUAAAUGACUGCUAGUUAUUAGCAGAACUGAUAGGCGAACCAGUGGUGACACCCACCACAGUGUCCUACCAUAUCCAACACUUACCAAUUUAAAAAUAAUUAGCAUGCACCUAAACCUACCUUGAAUGUACACUAACAUAAAUGUGCCAUUUAAUGGUGAUGAUAAAAUCCCACUUCUCUUUUUAUUUCUGCUAAAAUAAUAUGUUCAUUCCUUUCUGUAAGAAUUGUUCUUUCUCUUUAUGCACUAGAAUGGGAAUGAAAGAUGAUUUGGUAAUUUAAUUUGGGACCAUGUCUAGUAGCAUAUUAGUGACUUUAUUCUCAGCGCCUCUUGUAGUGUCUCAUUAGUUCAUCUUUGGCUUCAUUUUCUUUCAAUAUAUCAAAAAAAUAUCUGCUGAAUUUCAUAAACUACAAUCACUCUAUAAUGCCUGUCCUUCUAGAUUGUUCUGCACUGACCUUCCUAAGAUGUUUUCAUCUCAUGCCUCCUCUGGUAAUUUUUCAUUUGGCCUGAUGAAGAGGGUAGUUGUUAAUAGCAGAGAAGACUUUCUUUCAAAUUCUAAAAAGUUAUAGAUAUAUUCUAGCUAUAUUCUAGUUACAGUCUGGUUAUAUUCUAGCUUUUACCUCACAUAAAGAAUGUCUACUUUUGCCUUGUGCCUGGGCUACAUGAACUUGAAUGUUGACAUAGGCACUAAGAAUCUUAAUGUAUUAGGAAAUCAGCCUUGUUCUGCAUGUCACCAGGUCCAGCUGGGCAUGUUGUGCCCCCGCACAUAUACUUCCAGCUGAGGGGCAGGUAGUGGUUGAAAUCCAAGCAAUGGACUCCUCAACUCAGAAACAUUUUUGUAUUUUUCAAAAAAACACUUUAUGUGCUUAUGUAUCUUCAGAAAAGGGCCUUGCUUACAUGUCUUCAGAAAAUGAGAGUUAAAAUUUUUAAAUGGUUCUUGACAUCUGCAAAUUGAAUAGAGAACUCAGAAAAAAAAAUUUUCAUCCUAGCAUUCCCAGGAUAUCAAGAGAUGUGUGUUUAACCUGUUGAUUUAAUUUUUCAACCCAGACAAUCUGCAGCAAGACCCUUGUUUUGAGUUUUCAUUCCAUUUGAAACCUAGUUAUUGACUUUGCCUAUAAAGGAGCAGUUACACGUCUAAAUUCUAACUAAUGCAGACAUAGCAUGAAAUUUACCAAUAUCUUCAUUUCCUCCAAAUAAGCUAAAUACAAGCCAUUAGAUUUUUAAAAAUCCCAUUCUUUUUUCCUUUUCAUGUAAAUUAAGGGUAUAUAAGCCAAAAUAUUCAAUUCUAGUUUUUUAUUUUCACAGUUAUUAGUGUCAAGCUCUUGUAAUCUUCUGAUCCUAGACUGGAGAAAAUCAUUCAAACAAUCUGUUUCAGGUUUUUAAAUGUCCUAAAAACAGAAAGUUAGAUUCAGAUCUCAAAAAAAAAGGUAUUUCGGAUUGACUUUCAAAGUACUAAUACUAAUUAUACUUUUCUUUUGGUAGUGUGACUUCUCUCACACCCAAGAACAUAUUACAUAAAUGUCAAAACCACUGCUUUUUGACAUUGUAAAACAUGCCUUGAACUCUUGAACUACUGUGAAAAGAAUUACUGUUGUAAAGACUUAUUGUAACAAGCUAGCUGAUAUUCUUAAGUAUGUAAAAAGAUUUCCUUUCAACAGAUAGGCCCAAAUGAAUGUAUAUAAGAAAUAUGAAGAAAAAAGUUAGGUUUUAAAAUGAGAAUUGGGCAAUAAUUUGUAUUAAAAAUAUGCAGAUGGCAAUUUUAGUAGUUGCAGUUUAAUUGUUGACAGUGAGGAGAAUUCAAAUUCCAAAGAGAAAUGAAUGAUAUUCAGAUGUUUCAUUAAUUUCUAGUCUGUGGAAAUAUACAUUAUAUACAUAUAUAUAAUGUGUAUAUAUAUAUAUAUAUAUACUUAUUUUGUUUAGAAAUAGUAGUAUUUUAGAAUUUAGUAAGAAUUCUGAUAACCUUCAUACCAAAAUGUUUUAACUUUAUCAACAGUAAGUCAUAAAGUAUUUAUUUUAAAGCUUUCUAAAUAUUCUUGCAUAACUUUCAGCUGCCUCCUGAUGUAAAUACUUAUCUGCUUAAAUGUUAUAUUUUUAUGUAUGCAUUUUCUGAAAAUGUUUUGUAAAGUGGCAAAGAUAAUAAAUUAAUCACUCCUUGCUCUUGUUUCUGUGAAGCAUAUAGAACUCUAUUUUAAAUAAAAAGAAAAUGUAUCAUAUUUUGGUUUCUAUACAGUUAUGUUCUAUUAUUUAAGCAUUUUUAUUUGUAUUUGUAUGCAAUAUGUGAGGUUUUGGAAUGUAAAUGUUGGCUCCAGAAGGCACUAGAGGAAUUGGCUUCUUUCCUUACUGGGAGAGACUCGUGCUCCUUCAACAGACAUUUCUGUGCAUGACACUUAGGACAGUAGUCUUUGUUUUAUUUUUCCUGUAAUCAUUCUUUAUACUUAUUUAAACUUUAUUGAAACACUGUUGGGUAGGCACCCUCAGACCUAAAAUGGCUUCCUUCGUAUUUAAAGUAAAAUCCCAAACACUCACGUGGCCUAUAAGCACCUCUGCCUGUGCCACCUGACAACCUUUCUGCCUUCAUUUCCGGACUCCUCCACAACCCCACCUGCAUUCUUGCUUCCAGCCCCAACUGUUUACCACACUCCUGCUUUUUGCUUUUCCUUGAACUUGGCAGACACUCACCAGUCCCAGGGAGUUUGCUUUAGUCCCUUUGCCUGGAAUGUUCUUCCUUCAGAUAUUGUAUGGGGUAGGUUUCUGUUAGACUACUGUCACACCAGCAGGCCUUUCUUGUCACCCUUUCUGGAGUCGCACCUGUGUCGUUCACUAUCUUCUCAGCCUGUUUGAAAUUUCCUCUUAGCACUUAGCAGGAACUGGGUGUUAGAGCGUGUGUCUUACGGUAUGGAGUAUCACAGUGACUAAGUCCUUGAACGUUAGAAGCAGGGGUCACAUCAUGUAAAUUUGAAAAUGCAGUUUUAAAACAUUCAGAGUAAUAUCUUGUUUUGUACAGUGAGAAAUAACCCUAUGGAAUUCACCACUCUCCUCCUACCCACCAAAUGUCUGUAAUAAAGCUCAAGAAAGAGUUAUAAACCCAAUCGAGAUUAGUUUAGCCAAAUUCAUAGUGGCUAUUCCAGAAUGACAUUAUGGGAAGAUUAGGUUGUUUGGUUUAUAUUUCCAACCCUACAAAGUUGAUGUUUUCUAGGACUUAGCGUAAGAGAAUACGCCAGUGGUUUUACUUUUAAUAUGUGCUCUGAAGCUCUUUUACUUUUUCUUCCUUAUUUUUCAUUUUGGUGGCAGUUUUGUUAAUGUGGCCUUAAGUGCCAUUAAGUGGGUACUUAAGAUUCACAAGCCAAAUGGUCUUGCUCAACAAUCAAGUCAGGUUCUCAUUUGGCUUCGUCAUUAACUGCUUCUUGUAGUCAUAGAGAAGGGCAAAAUACGUAUUUUACACGAAUUUAAAUUGUGAAACCUGUGCUUGAAAUCAAACAAAUGCUUUAGUUUCAGCAGCACUAGUAGCAGAGUUUUUUCUUCAGUUGUAAUUUUGUGGUAACCUCAGCAUUUUUAUUUUUUUAACACUGAUGUGUGCAAAAGCUGGUGAACAUCCACGCUGCUGAAGUAAUUAACGUAAUGCCUGAACUUAAAAUUGGAUAGUCACUUUUUUCCCCUUAGGAUCGAUUCCUGGAGACUGGGGGAUCACUAAAGCCAGUCUGUUUUAUAGUGUUCUGGAAGUGAGAUUUUUAAGAAACGCUCUAUGACUUUUAUAGUAAAUAUUCAUAUAUUGUAGUCAAGGAGAGUUAUUAAAAUUUGAUUUGAAUAGUUUCUUUAAUGUUUCUUCAAUCACUUCUAAACGAAAAUAGGUUAAAACACUCUUUUCUCUUCAAAUAUUAGUCAACAAAUCUUUAUCAAACAUUGCUGCGAAGUGCAUUGUAUCGUAAUCAUUGUAAGUGGUGUUAAGAAAAUACUAAGUUCUUACAUUUAAGAAAAUAAACUAUUUAGGAAGAUAAAGCAUGCACAUGAAUAGCUAUCUAACCUUAGAAGCUGGUAAUACAAGAGAUGUCAUAGGAAGAAAAUUAUUAAGGCUGAGUGUGGGUACAGAUAUUAAAUGAUAAAGACACAGAAAUGAGGUAUAAGGUACAAUGACUUGGAAGAGUCAAGAAAAUUAAUGAGUUAAUGUUGUAGGAUGGGAAAGAUUUGUGUAAGUGGAAUAGACAGGCAAGAAGUCCCUGGUAGGAAAAAUCUCCAAAACAAAAGCAAGAAUGAACAUGGCAGUUAGUAACCUACAGAAGUAGAAUGGAGGGUUUGUGUAAAGUUCAGAUUGGAGCCUUUAAACCUUGAUCCUGCCUUUGAGGGAGGCUAAUGACUUUAAAGUAGCAGUGAUAAUGUUAAGCUUGUAUUGAAUGAAGGCAGUAGAAGAGCUACCUUCUGAGGGGGUUUAUGAAAGAGACCUGAAGAUUCCACCAUUACGUUCGUCCCUAAUUGAUGGAUAUUUAGAGAGAGCAACUGGUGAAGAAUUCCAAGUUGAGCCAUACAGUUUGUGUGCUGCUGGUCUCUCUUUUUUUUAUUUGCUGGUAUCUUUAUAUAGUGUUUUUUUCUACUCUCCAAGGUGUCAUAAAAGCAAAACAAAAUUAAGAUUUCAUCAUUUUUAAUAAUUUAGUUCAAUCACAAAUGUGACUCAGGGAAUUUUAAAACACACAC